CAAUUUGACCCCGAACCGAUGAAGAGACAGCUUGGUUAUCACUGAAAAUGAAAACUAUAUUGAUCCAGAAUAAAACACAAACUCUUCGAUUAUUUGCAUAUUGCAGUCUUCAAUACGAACAACCAGUAUUGCAGGUGCGUCAAAAAAAAAACCCCGCAGUGACUGUGGUAAUCUUUAAAGCGGAGUUUCUUUGUCUGUAUUUUGCCUCCCUGGGGGAGGGGGGUAACCAAAUCUCCGCAAGGUUCAUGAACUACGUGCUGCUCCUAUUACUAAAUACAAAAGUUAUUAACCGCACAAUAGGUGGGUGACUUUCAAGCUGUCAAAAUCUAACAGCUAGAAGUAUUCUCUUUAUCUUGCAUAGUCCGAGUUGCAGUACGUGUGGAAUGUUUCACUGUGUAGAGAUUGACAGGCGAACAAUCUAGACAUCAGACUAAUUUGCGGUUAGUCGCUUAAUAUAGCUAAACAACCACGAGGAAGAAAUUAGUAUCGUUUGAAUAAUCACAUGCGCUUGUUUAUGAAGUACACCACGUCACAAAAUGUUUGCUCUCACUUGUGUGUGAAGCGCCAGAUUUUCAAAGAAUGCUGUGUGGAGUGGCGAGCAUGAAGGAGAUCGGGUAUAAAGACAGGCUGUGGCAAAACAGCACUGCGGAUAGCGACGGGAUGUACAAAACGUGGGAAGUAAGUAGGACACACGACCGAGAACAACACAACGGAUGGGAUCAAGUGAAGAUCAGGCAUUCUAUCUCCCUUGGAGACGUUCGAUUGGAGGGUUUUCCAACCACAAGGAAAGGCGAAGGGAUUGAAAACCCAGAUCGGUUCUACAACAGCGAGCGAAGAGAAUUGUCGAGGAACAGCACAACGAAUGGGGAAGUGAAAACGGAUACGCAGGCCGUGGUGCGACCCCAAUUUCAAAUAAGUAUCGAGCAGCCGAUCCGACGUGUCACUCCCGCUUAUAAUGUAACGUUUCUAUCACAAUUGUCAAAGACCCGCAAUGGAAGACGCGCUUCGGAUGGUUUUCUUGGAUUCUCUGGGAAAACAAGCGCUCCAGUAUUUAGCGCUGUCUCAGAAGAAUACAGCACUGAUGACGACAGCGUCAAGGUUAAUUCAAUUACCCCAAACAAUUCCAUCAGCAGGGUUUCCUCACUGAAUCGUCGCCGAUUUUCCGAUGGUAGCUUUCAUAGCGUCCCAGGGUAUACAAGUUUCAAGAAGGUCAGCAUCGUGUUGCCGAGGCCGCGAAAAAGUACGAAUGAAGGUUCUGAUGUGUGUGAUGUUGAUGACAAAGGGUGUGAAAGCGAUGUAAGAGGAAAAGAUACAGAAAGUGUUGAUUGUAGCAGAAACGAAGACGACGAUCAGUGGAAGAAAUUGGUUGCACAAGCGCAAGGUUUCAAAGGACCUAAAGUAAACGGGGUUGGCAAAGUAAGACCAGGAUUACAGGUGGAGGACGUUAAAGGAAACAUUAGUCGCUCCAUGGAGGACGUGUUUAGCGACAUUAGCAGCGAGGCAUCAUUUUCAUCAAACAGUUCUUAUCACUCGUCGUCUGACAGCGAUAGUGCCGUCUACAGCACGUUAACAGCUAAGCCGAUAUCCGGCGAUUUAACUCCUUUCAAGGACGAUAGCCACACUAGUUUGAACGCCGCAAGGCCAAUCCGACGAUUUUCCUCGGUGCAAUCGUUAGAUUCGUACCCUGCAGGUGGAAACCAUCCCGCGCGUAGAUAUUCGGUUGCCACUUUAAACCCAGCACGCUCGUUUAAUAACUCAAAUGCUACAGCUAAACUGUCCGGCUACAGCACGCAGAGCGCACUGGAACACGCCCGACAGUUACUCAGCAGGCUGCAACAAGAAGGAAAGUAUAAAAGCAAAAAAGAAAGACUGGACGAAUUGAGUAAAGCGCUAAAGUGGAUCCUUGAGGAACUUAAUCGUAUAAAAACACCAGACAGGGACCUGGUCAGUUUAUUUAUCAGUCUGCGGGCGAAAAUAGUGAACUUGAAAAGUGAACUAAAAGCGGAAGAAUUCGAUGCCACCUGUAUUGACCGCAAUGAAGUGGACAGCACCCCACGAGUCCAAACACUUCUGUUAACUGAGGAAAGGUUGACACACGCUCACUCGAGACGAUUUAGCUGGUGUUGAAAAGAAAAUAUUCUUUAUUGUAGCUCUUAGACAUCCACGACAGAAAGAUGCGGUCGACCAGACUUUAUCUCGUGGGAGAUUUAUUUGAUGCCGGUAAAUGUUUCACAAAUGUUGCCAAGUUAAAUAUGAAAUGAAAAGAAAAGAAACAUAAACAAAGACAAAGAAAAAAGAUAUGAAGACUUUGAAGAGGAAAGCGACGAGGUCUAAAGAUACUUUAGAUACUAUCGUAACAUUUAAGUGAAACGAAGAGGCAUUGUAUAGUAGAUAGGUAAAAUAGUUUCUAUAAAGCAUUUUUCAUCUAUGUUUUACUACAUCAGGCCAAAAUCGCAAAUUACUGAUUAACCAUAUUGAAGGUGUGAAGCUGAUAAUGUGGUAUGGAAUUGACAAUUAGGAGUGCCUUAUGAAUUUUCUUCAAUUCGCUCUAAAAUUAGGAGAGUAUAAUAACAAUAGGAUCCUUGGAUCUUCUUACACAGCUAUUAAAUAAGCCGGGCUGUUUCAGGUUCUCGAUCAAAGUAGACGAAGGAAAGCGGGGGUUAGCAAAAAUCAACGAGAUUUUUGGUAGAAGCGAAUUCUCGUCCCCUUUUUCGCCCCUCGUUUUUCUUUUUAAGUAUCUUUGCGGUGUGAGAAUACAGAAAGAGAUUACAGUUAAUGAGCUGGUCGUGUAAAAUUUUAUUUAGACUUUUGCAAGAACGAUUUAUCACAGUUCUUCCAGAACCAGUGAAGUCUGAAAAGAGUCAGGUCGUUUAAGCGCUAGUGAGGGAAAAACACCCAAGAAAGGAAGACACCAGUUUUCAGAAUAAUAUGAGCGUAUAUUUUAUGCAAUGUGGUCCUCAAUGAAACCCGGCAUGUGGCGCUUGAAUUGCGCAGAAGUUAGUCUUUACUUGUAUAAGUUUGGCACAGUUCAGAACUAGUUAACUGUGACGCAGAAUUCUUCACCUCAUCGUAAGAAAAAACAAAAAUGUAAUUUCGUAAACAAAAAGUAGUGUAUCUAUUUUUUUAACUACAUAUAGUCUAUACCAUAAAAGCUUGUACCGUAUAUGAAAGCGGAUGAUUGAUGGAAUAAUUAAUAUCAAGUACUUAGCCCAGACUAAACUAUUCGGCGUUCGUAAACCAUUAUAUUCAGUAAUACCAAAGGAAGGUGUAUUUUUUGUUUUGCUCUUUAGUUCUUGUAUUGAGUAAAAUUUCGAUUUUUCUGAA